CGGGGCGGGGCGACCGGCGGAAGCGGCGGCAGCGGCGGCGGCGGGGUGGGGUGCGCGGGCAGGCCGGCAUGGAGCCCGCCGAGGGCCCGGGGGCGCUGAGCUUCCACGGCGAUGAGGAGAUCAUCGAGGUGGUGGAGCUGGGCCCGCCCGGGCCGGAUGACCUGGCUGACGAGAUGGAGGACGUAGACUUUGAUGACGAGGGGGCGGAAGAGCCCAGCGCUGAGGCCUGGGAGACGGAGGACGAUGAGGGGGUGGAGGACAGCAUGGAGGCACAGGAUGACAGCGAGGUCACGUUCUCCCUCCACUCGGCUUCUGUUUUCUGUGUGAGCCUCGACCCCAAGACCAACACGUUGGUGGUGACAGGUGGGGAGGACGACAAGGCUUUUGUGUGGCGUGUGAGCGAUGGAGAGCUCCUGUUUGAAUGCUCAGGACACAAGGACUCAGUCACCUGUGCCGGCUUCAGUCACGACUCUGUGUUUGUGGCCACGGGUGACAUGUCUGGUCUUAUCAAAGUAUGGCGGGUGGAUGCCAAGGAAGAAGUGUGGUCCUUUGAGGUGGGAGACUUGGAGUGGAUGGAGUGGCACCCUCAAGCCCAUGUGCUUCUGGCGGGCACAGCUGAUGGGAACUCCUGGAUGUGGAAGAUCCCCAGCGGAGACUGCAAAACCUUCCAGGGCCCUGCAUGCCCAGCCACAUGUGGCAGGAUCCUGCCUGAUGGGAAGCGAGCGGUGGUGGGGUAUGAGGAUGGGACCAUGCGCAUCUGGGACCUGAAGCAGGGAACCUCACUGCAUGUUCUGAAAGGCCAGGAUGGCCACCAGGACCCCUUGACGUGUGUAGCUAGCAACCAGGACGGCAGUUUGAUCAUGACGGGCUCUGUGGACUGUCACGCCAAGCUGGUCAACUCCGCUACGGGCAAGGUGGUGUGUGUGUUCAAGAUGGAGAGCAUGGCCCCCAAGGCCCCUGCCGGCGAAGGCGAGGAGGCAGAGUCCAACUCGGUGGAGUCGCUGGGCUUUUGUAACGUGAUGCCACUGGCUGCUGUAGGCUACCUGGAUGGCACGCUGGCUAUCUACGACCUCUCUACACAGAGCUUGAGGCAUAAGUGCCAGCAUGAGUCAGGGAUUGUGCAGUUGCUGUGGGAGGAGAGCUCAGCCGUGGUGUACACCUGCAGCCUGGAUGGGGCUGUGCGGCUCUGGGAUGCCCGCUCGGGGAAGAUGAUCAGCGAGUACCGAGGGCACUCAGCCGAAAUCCUUGACUUCGCCGUCAACAAGGAUGCCUCCAUUGUGGUGACGACCUCUGGUGACCACCAAGCCAAAGUGUUCUGUGUCCAGCGCCCUGAUCGCUAGGAACUGUGCUGAGGGAUGGUGUCCUGGCUCUGCCAGGGGGCUUGUGUACAGAGGAAUGAGGGAGAUGGGUUUCAUGCCCUUCUCCACUGUGUGCUUUGUAAUUUUCCUGCCUGCCCUGCUUUGCCCUCACCAUCUGGGGGCCAAGUGUGGGGUUUUGUAUGAAAAUGUCUUUUAAUUAUAUAAAUUAUUUCACUUAA